GGGAUAUUAGACUAUCUGAUCAGGUGGAUCGAAUCUGUUUGUUGUAGAAUGGCUGAUGAUGCGGUGGUGGUGGUAAAAGAAGGCUGGCUUCACAAACGAGGAGAGUAUAUUAAGAAUUGGCGUCCACGAUAUUUCCAGCUUCGUAGUGACGGCUCUCUUGUUGGUUAUAAAAAUGUUCCUCAAUCGGGAACGAAUCAGGAGAAGUUGAACAACUUUAGUGUAGAAAAAUGUCAGUUGAUGAAGGCCGACAAGCCAAAGAAGUUUUCAUUCGUUAUUAGAUGUCUACAGUGGACGACAUUCAUUGAAAGAAUGUUUCAUGUCGAAUCAGAAGACGAAAGGCAAUCGUGGCUUACCUCUAUAGCAACGAUUGCACAGAAACUGGAACAGAAGGAGAAAGAAAGAGAGUCGCAGAUGAAGGAGAGUGUGUCUCCUAAAGCAAAGGUUACGAUUGAUGAUUUUGAGAUGGUGAAGGUGUUGGGUCGUGGGACGUUUGGCAAGGUUGUUGUUGCACGUGAGAAAGCGACACAAGAAGUAGUCGCCAUUAAGAUCUUGAAAAAAGAUGUUAUCAUCGCAAAGGAUGAGAUUGCUCACACGUUGACUGAGAAUCGUGUUCUGCAGCAGAGCAAGCAUCCUUUCCUUACACAAUUGAAGUAUUCGUUUCAAACGAACGAUCGUCUGUAUUUUGUGAUGGAGUAUGUGAAUGGAGGAGAGCUAUUCUUCCAUUUGUCCAAAGAGAGAGUGUUUUCAGAGGACCGGUCACGUUUCUAUGGUGCUGAGAUAACACUAGCCAUCAAGUACCUUCACGAAAACAACAUUGUUUAUAGAGACUUGAAGCUGGAGAAUCUUCUAUUGGACAGACACGGACACAUCAAGCUUGCAGACUUUGGUCUUUGUAAAGAAGACAUCUCGAAAGACACAACGACCAGCACCUUCUGUGGAACACCAGAAUAUCUAGCACCCGAGGUUUUAGAAGAAAGUGAUUACGGUCGAGCUGUUGACUGGUGGGGUGUGGGUGUGGUCAUGUAUGAGAUGAUUUGUGGUCGGCUGCCGUUUUAUAACAGAGACCACGAAGUGUUGUUUGAGCUCAUUCUGACUGAAGCAAUCAAGUUUCCUCAACGAGCGUCUUCUUUGUCAAGAUCUUUGCUAGCUGGACUGCUGGAGAAGGAUCCACGGAAAAGACUUGGUGGAGGUGACCGUGGUGCAGCUGAGAUUUUGGAGCAUGCCUUCUAUAGCAGCAUCAACUGGCAGGACAUUUACGAUCGCAAGGUUGCUCCUCCGUUUAUACCAAACGUGUCUGAACAAGAAAUCGGUGACAAAUACAUUCCUGCCGAGUUCAAGUCGGAUACAGUAGCAAAUACACCAUCAGACCGUGCAGGUGCUCUGCAUGGUGGGGAAGGAGAGCCAUUUGAGCAGUUUACGUUUGUGGGUGACAAAGGCAAUCUGCACACAUGAUUUCGUUUGUAGGAUUUUUGUGGGAUAUCGUACAUUUCAAGUUGAUCGUGAUUGGAUAGGAGGAAUGAACUGUUCUAGGUUCAUGUUUUUAUUAUUCUUGUAUUGUCCUCUAUUAGCAGUGUACGUGAAGUUUUCAACACUAGAAUGUGUUGAGCA